GCCCGUUUGGCCAGUCGCCGGCCCUCAUCCUCCUCGAACUUCCAUCACUGCCAUUCAACCAAAGAUGUUCAACACGAAAUCUUCGAAACCAAGAGCGUACACUGCCUAUCUGGUGAUUACCCUGGUUACUUCCUCUGUCCACCUUUCCAAGGCCCGAUCCAGUCUUCUGCCGAGGAGUGGUGCCUGGCCACAAUGCGGGCAAUUCAUCGAUAUCAAUUAUAACGGUCCCCCUGGCACGAUGUUGUGCGGAACUUCCGACCGGGCAAACUAUCAGUGUGACAAGGAUAAGUGUAACUCGGGAGAGGGACCCAGUAGUGACCCUAAGCAGCACCCUUUUUCUCAGAUGACCUGGCAAAAUUGUCAACGAGAUGCUCAGCACGGGGAGCCCGCUGCAGAAGGCAGAACAGUUACUAGAACAGUGUCGAUGCAUGCUGACUAUCAGAAGCAAACAGUGGGGGUCUGGGGGGGCGAAGACGGCCUCACAAGUAACUUCAACUUCUUCUAUACUUGUGCCUUCUCAGCACAAAACGAUCGCAGAUCUUACUGCCGGGAUUGUACAUUGGUGUGGAAGGAGCUGAAGGAGGAGGAUGGUCUUGAUGUAUAGGGGAUCACCUACACACACACAAUUGAACUUUCUAACUCCCAAUUCCUUCCUCCUAGCGCU